UGGACUCCAGCCAGCUCCACCGUGAGUCCCAAGCUGCCAUGGUCGGUGUGGAUUAAGACUGGGCCAUCCCUCAGUUCUGCCGUCUGUGAUGUGUCUGUAUUACCUGCCUCACUGGGUUGCUGGGAGGAUUAUCUGAAAUAGCACAUGCUAACCACCUGUUGUAAUGCCUUCCUGAAGAUGGCAACCUGUGCAUGGCUCAUCCUGGGAGGAGCUGACUUCAGUCAUCAUGAUGCCUAAGAAUCGAGUGUGACGUUUCUCCAGGUACUUCAUGGUGUUCUCCUCCCCCCUCUCCACAUCACUUCUCUGCGUGUCUCCUGAAACAUGGGGGAAAAUGAGGAUGAGAAGCAGACCCAGGCUGGGCAGAUAUUCGAGAACUUUGUCCAAGCUUCCACAUGCAAAGGUACCCUUCAGGCCUUCAACAUCCUCACCCGACACCUGGACCUAGACCCUCUGGACCACAGAAACUUUUAUUCCAAGCUCAAGUCCAAGGUGACCACCUGGAAGGCCAAGGCCCUGUGGUACAAACUGGACAAGCGUGGGUCCCACAAAGAGUAUAAGCGAGGAAAGUCUUGUAUGAACACCAAGUGUCUCAUCAUUGGGGGAGGACCGUGUGGUCUGCGCACUGCCAUUGAACUUGCCUACCUGGGGGCCAAAGUGGUCGUGGUGGAGAAGAGGGACACCUUCUCCCGGAACAACGUGUUGCACCUCUGGCCUUUCACCAUCCAUGACCUGCGAGGCCUGGGAGCCAAGAAGUUCUAUGGGAAGUUUUGUGCCGGCUCCAUCGACCAUAUCAGUAUUCGUCAGUUGCAGCUCAUCCUAUUCAAGGUGGCCUUGAUAUUGGGGGUUGAAAUCCAUGUGAACGUGGAGUUUGUGAAGGUUCUAGAGCCUCCUGAAGAUCAAGAAAAUCAAAAAAUUGGCUGGCGGGCAGAAUUUCUCCCUUCAGAUCACUCUCUGUCGGAAUUUGAGUUUGAUGUCAUCAUUGGCGCGGAUGGCCGCAGGAACACGCUGGAAGGGUUCAGAAGAAAAGAAUUCCGUGGGAAGCUGGCUAUUGCAAUCACUGCCAACUUCAUCAACAGAAACAGCACGGCUGAGGCCAAGGUGGAAGAGAUUAGCGGCGUGGCUUUCAUCUUCAAUCAGAAAUUUUUUCAGGAUCUUAAAGAAGAAACAGGGAUUGAUCUUGAGAACAUUGUUUACUAUAAGGACUGCACCCACUAUUUUGUCAUGACUGCCAAGAAGCAGAGCUUGCUUGACAAAGGUGUCAUCAUUAAUGACUAUAUCGACACAGAGAUGCUGCUGUGUGCGGAGAAUGUGAACCAGGACAACCUGCUUUCCUAUGCACGCGAGGCUGCAGACUUCGCCACCAACUACCAGCUGCCGUCUUUAGACUUUGCCAUGAACCAUUACGGGCAGCCCGAUGUGGCCAUGUUCGAUUUCACCUCCAUGUAUGCCUCCGAGAAUGCGGCCUUGGUGCGCGAGCGGCAGUCACACCAGCUGCUCGUGGCCCUCGUGGGCGACAGCUUGCUUGAGCCAUUCUGGCCCAUGGGCACUGGCUGUGCCCGUGGCUUCCUGGCAGCCUUUGACACUGCGUGGAUGGUGAGAAGCUGGGACCAGGGCACUUCGCCCCUGGAGCUUCUGGCUGAAAGAGAAAGUCUUUACCGACUGUUACCUCAAACGACCCCAGAGAACAUCAACAAGAACUUUGAGCAGUAUACAUUAGACCCGGGGACGCGGUACCCAAACCUCAACUCAAACUGCGUCAGGCCCCAUCAGGUGAAGCAUUUGUACAUUACUAAGGAGCUGCACCAGUAUCCUCUUGAGAGGCUGGGCUCAGUGAGGAGAUCCGUCGGCCUCUCCAGGCGAGAGUCGGACAUCCGGCCCAGCAAGCUCUUAACCUGGUGCCAGCAGCAGACCGAGGGCUACCAGCAUGUCAAUGUCACCGACCUGACCACAUCCUGGCGGAGUGGUCUGGCCCUGUGUGCCAUCAUCCACCGCUUCCGGCCUGACCUAAUCAACUUUGACUCUUUGAACGAAGACGACACUGUGGAGAACAACCAGCUGGCAUUUGACGUGGCAGAGCGUGAGUUUGGCAUCCCCCCAGUGACCACAGGCAAAGAGAUGGCAUCGGCCCAGGAGCCCGACAAGCUCAGUAUGGUCAUGUACCUCUCCAAGUUCUACGAGCUCUUCCGGGGCGCCCCUCUGAGGCCUGUGGAUUCCUGGCGUAAAAACCACGAAGAGAAUGCCGACCUCGGCUUGGCCAAGUCAUCCAUUCCUCAUCACUAUCUCAACCUCACGUUUCCAAGGAAGAGGACUCCGCGAGUGGACAGCCGGACCGAAGAGAAUGACAUGAACAAGCGGAGGCGGAAGGGCUUCAACAACCUGGAUGAGCCUUCAGCCUUUUCCAGCCAGAGCUUGGGCUCCAAUCAAGAGGGCAUUAAGGAAGGUGGAAAUCAGAACAAAGUCAAGUCCAUGGCAAGUCAGCUGCUGGCCAAGUUCGAGGAGAGCUCGCGGAACCCCUCAAUCCUGAGGCAGGAGCACCGUGUCUCAGGGAUAGGUAAGCCUAUACUGCGCUCUUCCUCUGACCCUCCUGUUAACUCUCGUUGUCCCAAGCCGGAGGAGCCCACACCCAGCCCAUCACCAACCCUGAAAAGGCAGUUCCCCUCCGUGGUUGUGACAGGGCAUGUGCUCCGAGAGCUAAAGCAAGUGUCUGCUGCUGGCGAGUGUCCAACCAGGCCCUGGAGAGCCCGAGCCAAGUCUGACCUGCAACUGGGUGGGCCAGAAAACCUUGCCAGCCUGCCUCCCACCUGCCCGGGAGCGCUGGCCCUCUCUGGGGUGCUGCGGCGGCUGCAGCAAGUGGAGGAAAAGGUUCUCCAGAAAAGGGCUCAGAACUUGGCCAACAGGGAAUUUCACAAAAAGAACAUUAAGGAGAAGGCGGCUCACCUUGCCUCCAUGUUUGGACACGGGGAUUUCCCACAGAAUAAACUACUCUCUAAAAGCCUGUCUCAUACUCAUCCUACGUCUUCUCCCUCCUGCCUUCCAUCUCCUGAUUCAGCUGCUACUUCCUCUCCAUCAACUGUUGACUCUGUUUCUCCUGCCAGAAAGGCAAAGAAGUCACCUUCAGAUUUCCAUUUCCUACCCAGCCACUUAGGAACAUUGCGGCCUCAGCUGACAGUAGGGAAAGUAUCCAGCGGAAUAGGGGCUGCAGCUGAAGUUCUGGUCAAUCUGUACUUGAAUGAUCACAGACCUAAGACUCAGGCCACCUCUCCAGACUUGGAGUCCGUACGGAAGACGUUUCCCCUGAACGUGGGUGGCAGCGACACCUGUUACUUCUGCAAGAAGCGCGUGUAUGUCAUGGAGCGGCUGAGCGCGGAGGGCCACUUCUUCCACCGGGAGUGUUUCCGCUGCAGCAUCUGUGCCACCACCUUGCGCCUGGCCGCCUAUGCCUUUGAUGUUGACGAAGGCAAGUUUUUCUGCAAGUCUCAUUUCAUUCACUGUAAGACCAACAGCCAGCAACGGAAGAGACGGGCAGAGUUGAAGCAACAAAGAGAGGAGGAGGGGAUGUGGAAAGAGCAGGAAGCCCCUCGGCUAGACCCUCCCGCGGACAGUUCUUGCGCCGCCGCCGCCAUCGCCACACCGGAAGGCAGCCCCCCAGAUGAGCCAACCUCCCCCAAGAAGCCCAAGAGCGUUCCGGAGCUCGAGCCUGGGGAUAUGGCAGGUGGAGCUGCCUCCCCGCUGCCCUCUGAGUGGACCGCAGUGAGGAUCAGCCCCGGGGAGGAUGUGGUUGGACAGGACGUGCUGGCCGUGCGCGUCCUGGUCACCAGCGAAGACAGCAGCUCCGAUGCAGAGCCGGACCGUGGUGACAGUGAGGCCUCCAGUGCAGAGCCCUUUGACGAAAGACCCCAGCGGCCGGAACUCCACCUCCCAGCCCUCCUGAAGCCCCUCUCCCGGCAUAGCUCUCUGAGAGAGACCCUGACCAGGGCAGUCUCUCCACACGACCUCGGGGAGCCCGAAGCUGUGCCUGCUCUGCAGCGGGCCAAUAGUUUCCAAUGUCCAACUCCCAGCGAAUACCAGAGUGGGAGAAGAUUCCAGUGCAAUUUGAUACCAGUGAACCACAAAAUGACUGUGUCGCCUCCAAAGGAAGCUUGUCCUCCCCCACCUUCUCCUUCUCCACCCUCUUCUUCCUCAACUGGUGACCUGAACGCCCUGGACAGUCCCUCCCUGCCUCAGGUGACAGCUUUCAACACCCCCUCACAGGUCUCCAGAGGUCAUUUCAGUCCAUCCACCCCCAUCUUUCUGAGGCGUGCCAAAGCCCAUGGAUCACCCAAGGAUCUCCCCCUGCGUCUGCCUGGGCAGGUACUGGAGCGGACAGAAUACUGCCUGGUGAGGCCUGGUGGAGACAACCUCAAGAGCUCCAGGCCAUCCAGCCCUGCAGAGGUGGCUUCUGAUGGGUGUCAGGAAGCAGUGACCCCUCCUAGGGACAUCAGAAGCAUCCACAGAGGUCCACACCCCACUGAAGGGAAGGACAGGUGCUUGCCAGACCACCCGCUGUCUCCCUGGGCUGGGGAGAAGCCUGGAGAAGGGAGUACCAGACCCAGGAGGGUAGAGGAUGGUGGGUUAGAGCUGGCAGAGGAGAAGUCAGGCUUAAAGAAGUUGGUUCUCACUCCAGAGCAGAAGACUUGGUUGUUGGAUUGGAAUGACUCCAACCUUGAGAACUUGCAGCUGGAAACCGGGGCACGACUUCCCCAAAAGAACACUAAAAAUGGUACAGGAGGCCAUGUGCUGAAACCAGUCCGCCCCUUGCUGCUCCCUCAGGCAGAGCAAGAGACCUUGCCAGCCCAGAGACAGUCUCAGGAGAAGAUGGGGGCCCCAGCUGAACGGGCGCCUGGGGAGCGAAGCGUGGCCCCACCCAAGUCUCCACUGCGGCUCAUAGCCAAUGCCAUCCGGAGGUCCCUGGAGCCGCUGCUCCCCAACUCUGACGGUGGGAGGAAGUCUUGGGCCAAGCCAGAGUCAAAGACUUUGCCCACUAGCCCGCCUCAUGCUCAUACUCGCUCAUUCAGCUUUCGGAAAAGCAGCUCCAGUAAAGACAGCGAUCAGCCAUCCCCCAAGAGAGACAUGGCAAGCAAGGCCUCAGCCUUCUUCUCCCUGGGCUCCCCGACUGCAAGGACUGCCCAGCCCUCCGCCCCGAGCCCUGCCGCCCCUGUGCUUUGCAGCCACAGCUUGCCCAGCCGCUCAUCCAAGGUGUUCCCUGCCCUUGUGUCCCCACCCUGCGGCAAGAUCGAAGAUGUCCCCACACUCCUGGAGAAAGUGAGUUUGCAGGAGACAGUCCCAGAUGCUUCCAGGGUUCCCAAGAAAAGGACCUCACUCUUCUCCUUCAGACUCAAAGACAAGUCUUUUGAGAGUUCCCUCCAAGAAUCUGGGCCAAGAAAGGACCCCCAAGACCUCUUCAGCAGCCCCAAGGGGAAGGCGCCGCCCAUGGGCAAUGCCCAGCCCCCAGAGAAGCAGGUGCAGCCAGUCAGUAGCACCUGCCUGGUGCAGAGGGUCCCUCCUCCUUCUCCAGAGAAAGAUGCAAGUCCCACGCAUGUCCCCACCAGAGCACAGGAGACAGGGGCUGUCUCUUCCACCUCUUCCUCCACCACCUCCUCCGCAGAUGAGGAAUUCCAUCCCCAGCCUUCCUCAAGGUCAAAGGAGAGGAAGACACUCAGAAGAAGGAGGAAGCUGGAAAAAGCAACAAAACAAUUGGUUAAGCAAGAAGAAUUGAAAAGACUUCAUAAAGCUCAGGCCAUCCAGAGGCAGUUGGAGGAGGUGGAGGAGCGGCAGAGGGCUUCCGAGAUCCAGGGCGUGAGGCUGGAGAAGGCGCUGAGAGGAGAAGCAGCAGAUUCAGGCACACAGGAUGAAGCACAGCUUUUGCAGGAAUGGCUUAAGCUGGUUCUGGAGAAGAAUAAAUUAAUGCGAUAUGAGUCAGAGCUCCUGAUCAUGGCCCACGAACUAGAACUGGAAGAUCAUCAAAGCAGACUAGAGCAGAAAUUAAGAGAGAAAAUGCUCCAGGAAGAGAGCCAGAAAGAUGAGAAUGAUCUGAAUGAAGAGCAAGAAAUACUCACGGAGAUGAUGCAAGUGAUUGAGCAAAGGGACAAACUGGUGGAUUCCUUAGAGGAACAACGCAUCAGAGAGAAGGCCGAAGACCAGCACUUUGAAAGCUUUAUAUUCUCUCGGGGCUGUCAGCUGAGCAGGACGUGAGCAGGCCCCACCGGGAGCAAGCUGAUGACCAGAUCAGGCCAAGCACCCCACACUCACUCGUUCCUCCUUUCAAAGGAUGUUAGACCUAAACGUAACUUAUACCAUGCUGCAGUAUUUUUUGAAAUAAUUAAGAUUCUCUCGUAUGUACUCCAGCUGCCUAAGAUACUUCCAGAGAUGAUUAUGAAGAAAAUAUCGAGACUCUUUUGAAAUAGGCAGUCAACUUCAGCUGGUCUCUCAGAUUGGAGAUGAUUUUGGCAGAUAAUCAGCAUUGUUUUCUAUAAAGAGUGACACAGAGAUCAGUUUUCCUGCUCCUUUCAUCAUUUCUCUUCCCAAUUCAUUGAGUUACACAUCUUAAGAUUUUUAAGAAGCUGCCUUUUCAUUACUAUAUCCAUAUUUGCCUUUUCUUUGCGCGGGUGACUGGUUUUCAAAUGUCAGAAAGAAGUAGCCACUGUUUAAAGAUUAGGUUAAUAUUUAAAUUGUGCUUCCAGAGAAAGGGAAGAAACCUUGAGAUUACUGAUUACAUAAAGCAAAUAACUCAUAUAGCAGGUGUUAAUUCAAUCCAGGGUGAAUUUAAGUCACCAGGUGUAUUUAUAAGCCUUAAUAUAAUAUACAUAAGCAAUGAGAAUUUAAUAGAACAUUUGAGCCUUAAUUUUAUUAAAAAAAAAAAAAGAAAGAAA